AUGACUUCGACGACGACGACGCUGCCCCACCCGUCUGCGCUUUUGCCGACGCCUGCCAAGAAGAAGAUCCCGCUUGUCGGAAAGCUCGCGGUCGGUGGCUUUGCCGGCGUCAUUGGUGUCUCGGCCACCUUCCCGAUCGACAUUGUCAAGACCAACCUGCAGAGCUCGACCAACUUUACGGGACCGGUGCACUGCUUCAAGACGCUGCUGGCGCGCGACGGCGUCCGCGGUCUCUUCCGCGGUUUGCCGCCGACGCUGGUCGGUGUCAUCCCCGAGAAGGCCAUCAAGCUCGCGGUCAACGACUACCUCCGCGAAGUGCUCGACCCGAACGACACGGGCGUGCUGCCGCUGCACAAGCAGGUGCUCGCGGGCGCUGGCGCCGGUUUCUGCCAAGUGAUUGCGACCAACCCGAUGGAAAUUGUCAAGAUCCGCAUCCAAACCCAAGAUCGGCUGCCGCUGGCCGAGCGCAAGACUGCGAUGGGAGUCGUCAAGGACUUGGGCCUCCGAGGGCUGUACAAGGGCACGUCGGCGUGCCUCUUGCGCGAUAUCCCGUACGCGAUCGUCUUCUUCCCCACGUACGCGACGCUCCGCGACGCGGCGGCCGACGAGAGCGGCCACGCGUCCAUGCUGGCCAUUGUUGCCGCAGGGUGCGCGGCCGGUGCGGGCGCAGCGGCGAUCGCGACGCCGGCCGAUGUCAUCAAGACGAAGCGGCAAAUGAUCGGCGCCAACUACAAGGGCACGAUCGACUGCUUCCAGCAGGUGUUUGCGGCCGGCGGCGUCGGCGCGCUCUUCAAGGGCGUCGUGCCACGUAUGAUGGUCCAAGCGCCGCUCUUUGGCAUCACGCUCCUCGCCUUUGAAGUGCAAAAGGCCUACAUGGAAAAGUAG